GUAUAAUAAACCAUUUAAAUUUGAUCAAACCCUCACAAGAUUGAUCAAUCAAUUCUCUAGUCUGUGUUUCGAUCAUAUAACCGAAAGGAUUAUUUUAUAGUUAGAAAGAAAGACUUUGGAGUUGAAAGCAAGAGAAGAGAUUCAUGGAUGGUUCAGGUCCAAGAGAUGGAGGAGCUAUGAAGCCGGUGAUUCUGAGAGUUUGUGUUGCCAUUGUAUUAUCAGCAACUGGUUUGAUUUUGGCUAGGUUUGUGUCUCGGAAUGAAGAUAAUGAGAUAACUUCUUCUACAAGAAAUCCAGAGUCUUCUUCAUCACCUAGCAGAAGAAACGAUGAGGAAGAAGAAAGAGAGAGCAUGGAUCAUCAGAAGCAAGAAAUUCUAGGCUUAAAAUCCAGAUUCGAGGAGCUUCAAAGGAAGGAAUACGAGAUGGAGUUGCAUUUCGAGCGGUUUUGCAACUUGAAAGAUCAAGAAGUGAUGCUUAUGGAGCAUAAAAACAUGUUGAGUCUUGAGAAAUCUCAAUUAGAUUUCUUCCGUAAAGAAGUUUUAGCGAUGGAGGAAGAACACAAGAGGGGACAAGAUUUGGUGAUAGUGUAUCUCAAACUGGUGGGAGAAAUCCAAGACUUGAGCUCAGAGAAUAGGUUGCUUGAGGGGAAAGCAAAGAAGCUUAGGAGAAGAUCAAAGCAGUUUGAUGAAUUGGAGACGAAGAAUUACAUUGUGAAGGAACUUGAAGGUGAAGUUGAAGACAUGAAAGCUUACGUUGAUGUGCUGCAAGAGGAAAAGGAAGAAUUAUUCAUGAAGUUUUCAAAUUCAACAUCAGAGAUGGUGAGUGUAGAAGAUUAUAGAAGGGUAGUAGAAGAGUACGAGGAAUUGAAGAAGGAUUAUGCAAAUGGAGUGAAGGAAGUGAUCAACCUGAGAUGGAGCAAUGCUUGUUUGAGACACGAGGUAAUGAGAAAUAGAGCUAACUUUGGGGAAAUCGAGUUUUCUCCAAACGGAAACUUGCAAGAGAUGGGUUUGGAGAACGAUCAAGCGGAUGAUGCUCUGGCAUUGAUGAGGGUAGGUGAUGAGCAACAUAAAGAGUGUCAUCAUCAUGAAUCUUCGCGGAGGAAGAGGUUGAUUAAGAAGCUGAAGAAGUGGGUUGAAGGAAAUGAGAAGGGAAAAUCAAAAGCAGAGGAAAGAUGUUUCGGAAGGCACUCUUUGACAGCGGAAGCUGAGGAAGAACGAAUAUUAUUUCAUUCAAAAAGGUCUUGUUCUAGUGUGUAAUAGCAUUGCUUUACAAAAGAAGCCUGAUCAUGAAUAUUU